AUGAAUCAGUGGUAUAAGGAGAUGAUACAAGAAAAAAGUCAGGCUCAACCACCUCCUCCCCCUACUGCACCACCUGUGGUACCUCCGGUUGCUCCUCCACCUCCUUCAAUAACUGAAACUAGUAAAUGUUCUCCGAUUGAAAAGCUUAGGAAGUUUGGAGCUGAGGAAUUUCGAGGGAGAUCAAAUGAUGGCCCUGUAAAAGCUGAGUAUUGGCGACAGAGUUUGAAAGCUACAGAAAAAAUUAGUCGAACUACAUCAGUACCAGGAAGAUUGGGUAGAGGUAGAUCAAGACAAUCUGAUUUCAGGGUAUUCGAUAGACCCGCAGCAUGUGUGAGUAGUGUUCAGAAUACUCCCCAGGCUAAGUGUCAAUAUUGUGGAAGACAUCAUUUCGGUGAAUGCAGGACUAAGAUGGGGGCUUGUUAUAAAUGUGGGGCUACUGAUCAUCUUAUUCGAGAUUGUCCCCAGAUGCAAAAAGAUGAAGUGGAAUAG